AUGUCCAAAUAUGAGGGCCGCCUAGUGUUGUAUAAUUUCUCAAAGCUACUCUACAAGCUGUACAAUGCUCAGAACUUUUUCUGCGGUGCGCGCAGACUGCGUUCCCGCCCGCGCGCGCACCAAGAGCGUCGCCCGCGCGACCGCCAACGAGCCUUUUCAAAAUGA